AUGGAGGCUGAAGAGGCCAUCUCGACCUUCGCCGGGAUCACGGGUGCGAGCCCCGAGGUUGCCCAGGGCUUCUUAGCCUUGACGGGGAACAACGUCGAGCGGGCCAUUGAGCUCUUCUUCGAGAACCCGGACCUCGUUUCCAACGUCCAGUCAGGCAUCUCCGGCAACCCCCCUCCCGUCCCUACGUCCACGAGGCCGAAUAUUGGGCGACAAGACUCGACCGGCGUCAUUCACAUUGAUAGCGACGAAGAUGAUGUUAUGAACCUAGUUGAUGAUGAUGAUUAUGACGACCGAGGUCAGGAACGGCAAGCCGCUAUCCGCACGGCUGCCUUGGCCCAGGAAGAAGAAGACGCCGCCAUGGCCAAACGACUACAGGAGGAACUAUACGGUGGCCCUGGCUCUGGGUCCGGGCCUGGUGAGGAUGUCAGAGCACCCAUUGCGAGAACUACAGAAACCCUCGUUGCUCCAGAUCUUUCCUGGGCGCCAGAUGAUGGGAUGGAGUCGGCCAUAUUAACCCAGCUGAGGCAACAGAGGCAAAGACGGCGUGGUCCCCCUCGGUCUGGCGGGCCUUUCGCGCAGCGGAUAUGGGGCGAGUCUUCAGGUCCGGCGGUGAACAGGGAGGACAGCGAUGGCGAUGGCGCCGGGAGUCACGCAAGGCGCCUGGCAGAUCUGUUCCGGCCACCCUACGAGUUGAUGGAGAGAGAUGUUUCGUGGGACGAGGCCCGUGAACUGGGCAAGGAGGACAAGAAAUGGAUCAUGGUCAACCUGCAAGAUAUGAGCGACUUCAACUGCCAAACGCUGAACCGUGAUAUCUGGAAGGACGAAGCUGUCAGGAGCCUGGUAGCGGAAAACUUUGUGUUUCUGCAGUACGACAAGGAGUACCCUGACUCACAAGAGUUCAUCACUUUCUACUUCCCCAAUCAGAGCCACGAGAACCGGGACAACUACCCGCACGUCUCAAUUAUUGACCCACGAACAGGCGAGCAGGUCAAAGUAUGGAGUGGAAUACCGUUCCCCAGUGCCAAGGAGUUCCAUGCAGAGGUUGCCGAGUUUCUGGAUAGAUACAGCCUCGCCGCGAACAGCAAGAACCCGGUGGCCAAGGCGACCGUACGGAAACCACAGCCUAUCGACGUGGAACGCAUGACUGAGGACGAGAUGCUUGAGAUGGCACUAAAGAAUAGUCUGGCUGGAGCGGAAGGGAGCAGUGGAUCAGGGUCCACCCCCAACUUACACGAUCCGGACGCUCUCACCAAGUCACCCACCGCCGGUGCAGAUACUCCGGAAGACAAGGGCAAGGGCAAGGAGCCAGAGUCAGUGGCUGAAGAAUCGGCCUUUGCCAAGAUUUCGAGCAGCAACCCCCACACUGAACCAGAGAACGACCCGAAGACGACAACGCGCAUCCAGUUACGGCACCCGAAUGGCCGUGUUAUCCGUCGGUUUCAGCUGCAGGACCCUGUGCGACGGAUCUACGAGUGGCUCAAGGCGGAGCCAAUGGAGGGCAAGGACGGAGUGGAGUUUGAGUUGAAGAAGAUGCCCCAGGGCCAAGAUCUGAUCGAGACCCUUGAUGCAACGAUUGAGGAGGCUGGGCUUAAGCAGGGAACAGUUAUGAUUGAGUUUAUCGAGGACUGA